AUGGCGGCCACGACCAAGAGGAACUUCACCACGGGGAACAAAGACCCGACAUCUGUGGUACUCGCGCACAUUCUCCGCGAAAACGCCCACGCCAACGCACCGAACGCGCCGUUCGUGUACUUCUUCGACGAGAAUGAAAAGUCUUUUCGGCAUCUCUCGUUCGCGGACUUUCGCGAUCGAUCCUACGCGUUUGCCGCCGCUUUGAACGAUCUCGGGUACAACACCAACAACCAAAGAGAAGGCAAAGAAGACCAAGAGGAGAAAAAGUUAUCGAUUCGUUUGGGGGAUUCUCCGGAACUUUUAAUCGCACUCACCGGCGCCGUUCUGAGCGGAACGAAAGUGCAAAGUUCGAAGACGGAAGGGGAGUUUUUAUCCGCGAAAAGUUUCGGCGCUUUGGUGCACAGUUCGUUCAGCGGGAAAGCGGGCGAGAUGGUCGGCGCGCACGAACCCAUCGCGGUUGGUCCCGCCGGGUUGAAAGAGAAAGUCGUCCAUUGGGAGGUGCUGAUGAACGCGUACGGUAAUGGAGAAGAGGACGCUUCGACGAGCGGUGGGAUGUCAUCAUCGUCGGAGAAUGAAGCGGUGUUUUACUUCAAUUCAACCGAGAAAGGUGAGGGAGCGGAGACGUUGUUUAAAUACGGAGAACGAGCGGCGAAAGCGAUGGAGUUGAGGAGAGAGGACGUGGUUAUGAUUGGGGUGCCGUUGUUGCACGCGAUGGGGUUUGGGUUUGGCGCAUUGGGGGCGAUGAUGGCCGGCGCGAGGAUUAUGGUUCCAGGGACGUGCGAUGGCGUCGUGGAUGAUUCGGUGAAAAUUGAUCGAGCCGGAAACGCGAAGAGGGCGUUGAUGAGUAGUAUUAGUAAUAGUCGUAGCGAUAGUAGCGGUAGUGUUAGCGAGGAGGCGGUAACUGCGAUGGUGUCCGAUAUGCACAUCGUGAAAGCGUUGAGAGAGGAGGACGGGAAUAGAGCGCUGUUGAAGAACGUGCGAACGGGAUUGGUUAAAGUCGGAGGCGGCGCAAACGUAGGCGAGCACGCGCCGGUUGACAUGCUCGGCGUGCCAUUCGUCACCGUAGGUAAAAUGAAAUGA